AUGUCAGAUACUGUUGGAAAAACUAUUACUUGUAAAGCUGCUGUUGCCUGGGAAGCAGGUAAACCAUUAACCAUUGAAGAUGUCGAAGUUGAAGCCCCAAAAGCUCACGAAGUCCGUAUUAAGGUCAUUAACACUGGUGUUUGUCAUACUGAUGCUUACACUUUAAGUGGUGUUGACCCAGAAGGUGCUUUCCCAGUUAUCUUAGGACAUGAAGGUGCUGGUAUUGUUGAAUCAGUUGGUGAAGGUGUUACCAAUGUUAAAGUUGGUGACCAUGUUGUUGCUUUAUAUACCCCAGAAUGUAAAGAAUGUAAAUUCUGUAAAAGUGGUAAAACCAAUUUAUGUGGUAAAAUUAGAGCUACUCAAGGUCAAGGUCUUAUGCCAGAUGGUACUUCAAGAUUUACUUGUAAAGGUAAAAAAUUAUUACACUUCAUGGGUUGUUCAACCUUCUGUCAAUAUACUGUUGUUGCUGAUAUCUCAGUUGUCACUGUUAACUCAAAAGCUUCAUACGAUAAAACUUGUUUAUUAGGUUGUGGUAUUACUACUGGUUAUGGUGCUGCUACCAUUACUGCUGAUGUUCAAGAAGGUGACAAUGUUGCUGUUUUCGGUGCUGGAUGUGUUGGUUUAUCCGCUGUCCAAGGUGCUUUAGAAAGAAAAUGUGGCAAAAUUAUUGUUGUUGAUAUCAAUGAUAAAAAGGAAGAAUGGGCCAAAAAAUUCGGUGCUACUCAUUUCAUCAACUCUACUAAAUUACCAGAAGGUCAAACCAUUGUUGAUAAAUUACUUGAAUUAACUGAUGGUGGUUGUGAUUACACUUUUGAUUGUACUGGUAAUGUUAAUGUUAUGAGAGCCGCUUUAGAAGCUUGUCAUAAAGGUUGGGGUACCUCAAUUAUUAUUGGUGUUGCUCCUGCUGGUAAAGAAAUUUCCACCAGACCAUUCCAAUUAGUUACCGGAAGAGUCUGGAAAGGUGCUGCUUAUGGUGGUGUUAAAGGUAGAUCACAAUUACCUGGAAUUGUUGAUGACUAUUUGGAUGGUAAAUUAAAAGUCGAAGAAUUUAUCACUCACAGACAUCCAUUGGACAAAAUCAACACUGCUUUCGAAGAUAUGCACAAUGGUGAUUGUAUCAGAGCUGUUAUUGAUUUAUAA